UUUUUAGAAAAUAAUCAGUGAUUAGUAAUAGCUUUCAGUCAGCAUUUUGUUGAAUCGAACAGUAGUAAUCGAAUAGCCGCUACCGGAAAUCAUUUUAAGUGUAUGUAAAUUUCCCCUGACCUUUGGCAUAACGCGUCAACAAAGUGAUAACGCACAAAGCAAAUGGCAACAAAGCGGAAGCCAAUUCAUACACAAAUGGGUGCCCCACCACGACCGAACAUGAACUUCCGGCCGGGCAUCAACGACACAACGGCCCGCGCCGAGGCCAAAGGAACACGGCCCACGGCUACUCCGACGACGGUCAAGGAAGUGCUGACAAUGAUGGUGCUGCACGUUUGCAAGAAGAUUAUAUUUUUCGACACGAAUUUAAAAGUUCCACUCUAUUUGGGUAGUUUAUUUAUCGUAUCCUUGAUCGGAGAUUUUCUGCCGUAUCCAAAGACAUACUUGGCGAAGGCGGAUAACUUGUUUAACGUUUAUUUUGUGAAGAUGGGCUGGGCAUGGACCCUGCUAUUUUCGCUACCUUUCCUGGCGAUGACCUCCAUCACGGUUUGCUGUGGAGACCACCAGAGACUGGUGAGGAAUCAUCUUCCACGAUUGGGAAUCGCUACAGGAUUUUGGUUUGUUUGGACCAAAUUUUUCAACGUUAUCGAAUCGUCUUAUGGACGUUGUAGUAUUCGUGGAUUUGACUCGAAAUCUGGUUGCUUGAAAGCUGGUCACCUGUGGAAUGGGUUUGACAUUUCCGGUCACGCGUUUAUAUUGAUGUAUUCCAGCUUGGUGCUGAUGGAAGAAGCUCGGUCAAUCAUUGGCUGGGAGACUAUCAAAGAACACCUUCGGAACGAGGAGCAUAACCGCACUAAGCAGGAUAGGAUGCAAACAACGAAUCCUCUGAAGGGCUUAAAAGAUGACGAUUUGAAAGCGUUAAAAUAUUUCUACAAUCGAUUUACCCCUACUAUUCGGUUGCUGUUCGUUGGUAUGACCAUGUUGCAGCUUCUAUGGGACAUUAUGCUCGUCGGUACUAUGCUGUACUACCACAGGAUGGUAGAGAAAGUGCUAAGCGGAAUAAUCGCUGUGUUGACAUGGUUCUUCACGUAUCGUGCCUGGUACCCUGCAGCAUCGCUCCUGCCAGAUCCAGUUGGCAAGGGAAUGUUCAACUAUCAGUCCGUAACCAAACCAGCGGAGAUCGGUCUUCGGAGGCGAACCAGCUUGCUGCAACCCAACGCCUCGCAGACUCAAGACAUACCCAAAUUCAUGGGAAUGCCACUGUAUGCAACGAAACAACAGCAGCAACAGAAUGUCAAUGCAUCGGCGACUGGACUCGGAUCGCCGAUGGAUGCUGGUGCAAGCAUACCGUCGUCUUCUUUUGUAAGUAGUACGAACACAGCGCGGUUAGGGGCCGCCUUCGGUGGUGGCAGCAAUUUCGAUAUCAAUAAUCCGAUUUUCUCGCGCUUCCAACAGAGUGCGCAGCGCAGUAAAUUUGAUUGAAUUUAAAA